AUAAAUUAGUUUUAAAAGUUUACAGAAAUUCGAUAUCGCGUUAUUGCCAACCAUAAAAAAAUGUAAACAGCUGUUUGUAAAUUCUCUCGUGCCAAUUAUAAUUACAAUUAUUAUCAAGCAAGAACGCAUUGAUUUACAAAAAAAAAGCUAUGAAAAUGAUCGUGCAGCGCGUCACUGCAGCCAAAGUAACCGUUGGUGACGAAGUUAUUAGUUCUAUCGGGCGUGGCCUAUGUGUAUUAAUUGGUAUAACUCACACGGACGGCGGCAAGGAUGUGGAGUACCUUUCCCGUAAGCUGUUAGCAUUACGUUUAUUUGAAGAUGAAAACGGUAAACGUUGGCAGAAGAGCGUAAAGGAUGAGAAACUUGAAAUACUUUGUAUAUCACAGUUCACUUUAUACCAUCGGUUAAAAGGUAAUAAACCGGACUUUCAUAUGGCAAUGCAGGGUGAACAAGCCCAAAUACUAUAUCAAAGUUUCCUGAAACGUCUGGCUAAUGAAUAUGAUCAAGUUAAAGUUAAAGACGGUGUUUUUGGUGCUUAUAUGCAAGUCCAUAUACAAAAUGAUGGCCCUGUUACAGUGGAAUUAGAUUCACAACAGUUGGAUAAUAAAACAAAGUCGAAAGUUGAGGUUAACCAAGAUGAAAUUGUUAUUGAAAACGUAGAAAAAUAAAUGUCGAAUAUUAAGAGAGAAAUACGUUUUUUAGUGGAAUGGGAAAUCACCUGAAAUGAGUGUCGUCUCUUCAAUUUUGUAAUUUUUAUUUAGGGUUUUUACGCGCCACUUCAUCUCAACCUCAAAGACCUCAAAAGAUAAAAAAAGAGUCGCAAUCCGAUUUACACCGGUGAUUGCUGAGAAAUGGAAAAAAUCUACAAGAAUUUAUUUACAUUGCUAAACAGUUCGUUGUACACGCUACAAACAAAUUGCAAAAAUUGUAUGCACUCAUAGGCUUUGUUUCAGUAAGAAGUUGCCCUCCUAACUUCCAUUAUAACAUCUACUAAAAGAAUAUACUGAUCUUAAAAUGAAACAAAUUUGGUUUUUUCUCUAAAUUUUUAUUUGUAAGAAAUUUAUUAAACAAAAAUUAAUUAUUGUUUAAAAAAUAUUUUACAUAAGUGAAUUUUUGUUUUUAAAUUUUUUGAGUGUCUAAUAAAUGAUGUAUUGGUGUCUUUAGGGUUUAUAAAUGUCAUCAAAUAUUUUAUUAUUCAAUUAAAUUCUGUACGUGGGAGGAUUUUUAAGAAAAAUAUCGUUUUA